AUGUUGGCAAUAUUUCAGAAAGCAUUUGCUCAUCCACCGGAAGAGCUCAACAGUCCUGCGUCUAAUUUCACCGGAAAAACUCCUAAACUCCCCGGAGAAACCCUCUCCGACUUCCUCUUUCACCACCAAGACACAGCUUUCUCAAUGAACUUCUCCGAUUCCACCGUCUUAGCUUACGCUCGUCCCGACAACUCUCUUCGCCAGAGGUUGUUCUGUGGAGUAGAUGGGAUUUACUGUAUGUUCCUUGGAAGAUUGAACAAUCUCUGUACUUUGAAUCGGCAAUACGGACUUACAGGGAAGAAUUCGAACGAGGCAAUGUUUGUUAACGAAGCUUAUCGAACACUUCGUGAUCGUGGUCCUUACCCAGCUGAUCAAGUUCUUAGAGGUCUUGAUGGUAGCUUCGCUUUCGUCGUCUACGAUUCUCAAACCUCCUCUGUUUUCUCUGCUCUGAGCUCUGAUGGUGGAGAGAGUCUUUACUGGGGAAUUUCUGGUGAUGGAUCUGUUGUAAUGUCUGAUGAUCUUCAGAUUAUAAAGCAAGGAUGUGCUAAAUCUUUUGCUCCUUUCCCUACUGGUUGUAUGUUUCACAGUGAGACAGGGCUUAAGAGCUUUGAACAUCCGACUAACAAGAUGAAAGCGAUGCCGAGGAUUGAUAGUGAAGGUGUGAUAUGUGGAGCAAAUUUUAAAGUAGAUGCUUGUUCUAAGAUCAAUUGCAUUCCUAGAAGAGGAAGUGAAGCUAACUGGGCUCUGGCUAAUUCGCGUUGA